AUGGGCGGCGUCGAACUCACCUACCAGGAUGUUGCCGAGCACAACACCAAGAAGGACAUUUACAUUGUAGUCCACGACAAGAUCUACGACUGCACCAAGUUUGUCGACGAGCACCCCGGUGGUGAGGAGGUUCUGCUCGAUGUCGGCGGUCAGGAUGCCUCCGAGGCUUUCGAGGAUGUCGGCCACAGCGACGAGGCCCGCGAGACCCUCGACCAGCUUUACAUUGGCGACCUGAAGCGCCAGCCCGGCGACCCUUCCCCCAAGAAGCAAACCGCUCCCGCCACCUCCGCCGGCCACACCGAGAGCCCCGGCUUCGGCAUCGGCCUGUACGCCGUCCUCCUCAUCGGUGGUGUCCUCGCCUACGUCGCCUACAACUACCAGCAGCAGCAACAGCAGCAGUCCGCAUAA